AUGCUUACCUGCGAACCAGUUACUGUAAUUACUACUGAUAAUCAAACAGACAAAGAUGUUAAUUCAAUAUUUUUAACAACUUCUCAAUUAGCUGCUUAUAUGACAGCUAUUCAAAAUAAUGCUGAACAAAAUAUAUUUAUAAUUGAUUGUGGUCUUCCAUUGAGACAUACUGAACGACGAAUUCAAAAUUCAUUUUUACUAAACGUUAAUGAUAAAAUAUCUCGAAAACGUUUAGCAACACGCGGAAUAAAAAAUUUCUUAGCAAAUACUCAAUUAGAUCGUUUAAAUCAAAAUGAAAUUAUUAUUUUAUAUGAUGAUACUAUUCGUCCAACAUUAUCAUGUGCUAAUUCAACCAUUCCAAUGCAACUUUCAUCAUCAAUGAAAUGUGUUUAUGAUCAAAUCAAACUAUAUGAUACAAAUAAAAUAAUUUAUAUUCUUCAAUCAUCAUUUGAUGAAUUUUAUCAACAUUAUCCAUCACUUUGUUAUAUUAGUACAUCAACUGAUGAAGACCAACCACCAUCUCCAUUAUCUUCCUUAUUGACAAUUAAACCACUCGAUAUUGAAUCUUACCAAAUGUCGGAAAUUAUUCCGGGUCUUUAUCUUGGAAAUUCUCAUGAUGCUGAAAAUAUCAAUUUAUUAAAACAAAAUAAUAUUCAAACUAUUAUUAAUAUAUCAACAUCAAUUCCAUGUUAUUUUGAAAAUGAAAAAUGUUUUGACUAUCAACAAUUACCUUGCCAUGAUUCUUCAAGUCAAAAUAUUCUUCAAUAUUUUGAAACAACAUUUGAAUAUAUGGAUGGAAAAUUAUCAUCAAAUAAAAAUAUUCUUGUUCAUUGUCAAGGAGGUGUUAGUCGUAGUCCAUCAUUUAUUAUUGGUUAUUUAAUGAAAUAUCAUUCAAAAACAUUUGACGAAGCACACCAACUUGUAAAGAGUAAACGAAAUAUUGUUAAUCCAAAUUUAAAUUUCUUAGGGCAGUUGAUACAAUAUCAACAAAUAUUGAACAGUGCUUAG